AUGCCCCGCUCGCCAUCUCCUUCUCGCUCUCCUUCCCCUCGUCGCUCCUACACCCGCUCUCCCUCUCCCCGUCCCAGAAGCGACACCGUCGAUGACGCUCCCAUCUCCAAGAGAAAAAGAUCCCCAUCGCCUAACCCGCGAGACCGCCCUGCCUCGCCCCCUACCCGUCGCCGACGCUCCCAAUCGCCCCCUCGACGCCCAGAAUCCCAGGCGCUCGAUGCUCCUCGAGUAAAUGAUGUCGAUCCCGCCCGCCGUCGGGCUAGAGAACAAGCAUUGCUGGAGAAGGAAAUCAACCGAGAACUUGCCAAACCCAAUGACGAUGGCACGGUUGCAACCAGGCCGAAUGCGGACGAUGCUGCCAAGGCAGAGUUUGCCAAGCUCUUGGGAUCUAGAAGUGGUGGUGCCUACAUUCCCCCCGCGAGGCUGAGGGCGAUGCAAGCAGAGGCGGCAAAGGACAAGAAGAGUGCAGAAUACCAGCGAAUGAGUUGGGAUGCGCUGAAGAAGAGUAUCAAUGGUCUUAUCAACAAGGUCAACGUUGCCAACAUCAAGCAUGUUGUUCCCGAACUCUUUGGGGAAAAUCUCAUCCGGGGCAAAGGUCUUUUCGCGAGGUCUAUCAUGAGAGCCCAGGCUUCGUCUUUGCCAUUCACCCCUGUCUUUGCGGCUCUGGUAGCCAUCAUCAAUACCAAGCUGCCCCAGGUCGGCGAGCUUGUCUUGAUCAGGCUGAUCAGUCAGUUCCGACGAGCCUACAAGCGAAAUGACAAGCUUGUUUGCCACGCCACCUCCACCUUUAUCGCCCACCUCUGCAACCAAUACGUCGCUCACGAGAUUGUCGCUCUCCAAAUCCUCCUUCUCUGCCUGGACCGCCCCACCGACGAUUCUAUAGAGAUCGCCGUCGGCUUUAUGCGCGAGGUCGGCCUCUUCCUCUCGGAAGUGUCGCCCAAAGCCAACAACACCGUCUUUGAGAGAUUCAGGGCGGUCUUGCAUGAGGGCGAGAUCAGCAAGAGGUGUCAGUAUAUGAUUGAAGUGUUGUUCCAGGUCAGGAAGGACAAGUUUAUGGACAACCCUUCGGUACCUGAGGGUUUGGAUCUGGUUGAAGAGGAUGAGCAGAUUACGCACAAGAUUACGCUGGACGAUGAGCUCAAGGUGCUCGAGAGUCUGAAUUUGUUCAAGGCCGACCCCAAUUUUCUCCAAAAUGAGGAGCGUUACGCCGAGAUCAAGCGUGAAAUCUUGGGCGACUCUGACGAUGAAGAGUCUGGCGAGUCUGGUAGCGACGAGUCGGGCUCGGAGGAAGAUGAUGAAGACGAUGUCGCGCCGGAGAAGCAGGGUAUUCAGGAUAUGACCGAGACCAACUUGAUCAACCUCCGAAGGACGAUCUAUCUGACCAUCAUGAACUCGCUCAACUACGAAGAGGCUGUCCACAAGCUCAUGAAGAUCAACAUUCCUGAAGGGCGCGAAAUUGAGCUCUGCAACAUGAUUGUCGAGUGUUGCUCUCAAGAGCGAGCCUACUCGAACUUUUACGGGCUUAUCGGCGAGCGAUUUUGCAAGCUGAACCGAGUCUGGACAGACAGCUUCCAAGAGGCGUUUGAAAAAUACUACGACACCAUCCAUCGAUACGAGACCAACAAGCUGCGAAACAUCGCUCGAUUCUUCGGGCAUCUGCUGGCAUCGGACGCCAUCUCAUGGGCCGUCUUGCAAGUCGUGCAUAUGAACGAGGACGAGACCACCUCUUCCAGCCGUAUCUUUGUCAAAAUCAUGCUGCAGGAGAUGGUAGAGGAGCUCGGUGUCAACAAGGUCGCCGAGAGGUUCCGUAUCCCCGACUUCCGCCCCGCUUUCGCCGGCAUGUUUCCGAUGGACAAUCCCAAAAACACUCGAUUCUCCAUCAACUACUUUACGUCCAUCGGUAUGGGCAAGGUCACUGAAGAUAUGCGCGAGUAUCUCCAGAACGCGCCCAAGCUGCUUGCUGCCCAGCACGCGGCUAUGGCUGCAGAGGAGUCUUCUUCAGACUCGAGCUCUUCAUCCGACAGCUCCGACUCUGACUCUGAUUCGGACUCUGACUCUUCUUCGUCGAGUGAAUACUCGCGUCGCUCAAGGAGGCGCCGAUACUCUUCCGACUCGCGCUCUCCUCCCCGCCGUCGCAGAGACCAUUCGCGCUCUCCUUCCUACUCGCGUUCCCCCUCUCCUCCUCGACGCCGAUACGACUCGCGCUCCCCUCCCCCCCGUUCGCCCCGUUCGCCCCGUUCGCCCCCUCCUCGAAGGUCGACCGGCCGUGGCCGCUCGCCCUCCCCUUCGCGCUCAGUAAGCCGAUCCCCAAGCCCGGCGCCUAGGAGGAGGCGGAGAGACAGCUAUACGCCGUCCCCCAGUCCGCCUAGGAGGAGGGACUCGCCUCCUCCCCCGAGGCGAUUUGAGGAUGGUAGUAGGAGUAGAGGUGGGCGAGGGGGGUAUGGUGAAAGGGAAAGGGACAGCGGGUAUAGAAGGUGA